AUGAAUUUUAUCCAAAACCUUUUUGAAGACAUAAUCAAUCAAAGAGUUAGUUCAUCCUCUAGGUUAACGGUUCAUGUGUCAUUUGCUGCUGCACUAUUUUUUGAAAUAUAUUUCUUCUUUACAAUACCGUCUGCAUCAAUUCAUUUUGUUGUGUUAAUGUUUUUGACAUGUGGGGCAUAUGGUGCUAUAUGUUGGGUAUUUUACCAACUUGAUACUAACCCAGAACUUUGUGAAGCAUUAAAAAAAGCAAAAGAAGAACAACAAAAAGAAGAAAAUAAAGAAGAAAGUCCAUUAAAUAAAAACGAUGAAUUAAGUGAAGAAACUAAAGAAAAAAGGGAUUAA